AUAGGUUUGUAAACUAAAAUCAAACCAGCAAAGAUAAGUAUUUUCUUUUCUAGCUGCUGCUGCUGCUCUCUCUUUUGUUCAUGACUGUGUUAGAGAGAGAGAGAAAGAACUGAAAAUCUGUCGAUUCUUCUUCUUCCAAGGAUUGAUUUUUAUGAGAGAGCUAACAUUUUGAUCAUUGGAUUUACCUUUCUGUAUCCCAGAAGUUUUCCAAAUCUUCUCUGUAUACUGAUUGUAUCGCUCACGGGCUUUUUUUCUUCUCAUCUGGAAAGCCGUUUCUGCAUUUCUUAUAGAUCUAGAGAGAACAGGAGAGGAAGAGAGAUAGAGAUGGAUAAAUUACAGUGGGGAAGCAGAAAGCGUCUACGUUGCAUGAAGAUCAAAGAGUCGGGUUUGGGAGAUAAAUCUGAAGGAAGUGGAAAUGCUUUGAAGAAGAAAAUCACAAACCGUGUCGAUCGACGUGUUGUUGAAUCCGCAGAUAACAACAAGCAUUCUGUUUCUUCAUCUCCUUUUCAAUCUCCUCAUCGUGUUAGCAGCAGAGAUUUAGGAACAAAUGGUGGUACAAUUGCGAAUGAAAAUGGGAAGAUGUUAUCGUCUUGUUUUUCACCUGAUAAAGAGGAUCGUUACUACACAACAAGGGGUUCAGUUGUGGGGGGUUUAGACGAGAGCAGCAGCAGCAAGGUGUUUGUAGAUCAAACGAAGGAGGAGAAGAAUAAGAAGAAGAUGGUUUGGCCAAGAUUAUUUGUAACAUUGUCUACUAAAGAGAAGGAAGAGGAUUUCAUGGCCAUGAAAGGAUGUAAACUUCCCCAGAGGCCUAAAAAGAGAGCCAAGUUGAUUCAGAGAAGUUUGCUGCUGGUGAGCCCGGGUGCGUGGCUGACAGAUCUUUGCCAAGAAAGAUAUGAAGUUCGCGAGAAGAAGACCUCCAACUCCAAGAAGAGACCUGGCGGUUUGAAGGCCAUGGGAACCAUGGAAAGUGAUACAGAAUGAUUUGAGACGAAAUGAGACUCACUGACUGACUCCAAAAGAAGAAGAAAAAGCUCUACCAAUCUCUUGAAACCAUCUAAUUUUGAUUUGUUACGAGAAUCAUCGAUACAUUUUACAACAACUAUGUUAUGCUUGAAAUAGUUAGUCAACUCUCAAGAAGAAAUCCAUUAAAAAUUCGAACCAAAGAUAGGAUGCAACAGUCAGUAAUCUAUUUGGGUUUGGUUACAUAUUUUGUGAUUUGUAUUGUAUUUAGGUCUUGACUCUAGUCUUGAUCAUUAUUUC